AUGGCGGCGCCCUUGCGGCGGGCGCUGCUGGCGCUGGGCCCGGCCCGGUCGCGGCUCCCGGAGCCGGUUCCGGUCCCGGUCCCGGUGCGGCCUUACCGGGCGGAUCCGCUCCGCCGCCGCCCGGGCCCGGCCCCCACCGACCCGGAGGACCCGCGGACGGCCGCGCGGCGGUUCGGGCGGCUCGGGGAGGCCUCCGGGGUGCCGGUGUGGCGGCUGUGGCCCAGCCCGGAGCAGCUGCGGGAGGCGGAGGCGGAGGAGCGCGAGUGGGACCCGCCGCUCCGGGAGGUGGAGGCCGUGCUGGAGCAGCGGGAGAGGGAGGAGGCGCGGCGGAGAAAGGAGAGGGCGGAGCUGGUGUCCCGCAGCCUGGCCGCCAUGCCCGCCCGUGUCGCCGCCUGGCGCCGGGACCGCGAGGCCGCCCGGGAGCGGGCGCGGGCGGAGGCGGCGCGGCGGCAGCGGCUGCUGGCCGAGGCGGGGCUGGGGGCGCUGCCGCGGCCCGGGACCCCCGCCCGGGGCUCGGCCCGAGCGCAGGAGCUGCUGGAGGACCUGGAGAAGCAGCGGCGGCGGGAGGAGAAGAAGCGGCGGCGGCAGGAGCGGGAGGAGGCGGCGCGGAGCGCCCUGGCGGCGGCCGAGGCGGCGGCGGCGGCACGGCCGCUCCCCGGGACCGGCCCCGAGAGCGGCGAGAGCGCCCCCAGACCCACCGGGGGCACCUCCUGACACCCCCAGACCCACCGGGGGCACCUCCUGACACCCCCAGACCUACCAGGGGCACCCCCAGACCCACCAAGAGCGGCCAGAGCGCCCCCAGACCCACCGGGGGCUCCUCCUGACACCCCCAGACCCACCGGGGGCGCCUCCUGACCCCCCCCGGUAAUGCCAGGACCCCCGCCCCGGUAAUGCCGGUACUGCCCCAGUGUCCGGUGCCCACCGGGAGGGUCCCAUGAGCCCCCCCAGACAGAACAAGGACGCCCCAAACUGGGUUUAAAACUCUGCAUUUAA